AUGAAAUUUGGUAGCAUGAAAAGGUUUCCAUAUCUUGUACUAUUUGUGCUUUUUUUUUUUUUAUGGCAUCACGUUAAGGUCAAGUGUGAUGAAGGGGUUGUAGCCAAUUCAGUUAACAUCUCAAGUGCAGAAAAACCAAUCACUCCCAAUGCUGCUAGUACUUCCAGUGCCACCAGUACUGCCAACAGUGCCAAUAUCUGGAACGCAGUAAAUGAGACAAGUUCGGACAACUCAUCAAUGAACCAUGCAGCUGAAAAGAAAGGUCAAGAGUCAAAUGCAAAUUUAAAAGAUGACACUUUUUCCAAGGAACAAGAAACAUCAAAGGGAAAGACGCCAACAGGUACUACCAACACGAUUCCCACUAUCACAACUUCGACAAAUCAAAAGAAGGAAUCAAAUUUUACAUCCAAUGAAUCCAACAAACUACAGACACCACACACGACCUUUUUACAAAACAGUGAACAGAACUCAGCGAACAGCAAUGAUAGCAAGGAUAGCAAGGAUAGCAAGGAUAGCAAGGAUAGCAAGGAUAGCAAUGAUAGCAAGGAUAGAAAUGAUAGAAAUGAUAGAAAUGAUAGCAAUGUGCCAAAAGAAGAAAACACGACUAAUGCUGCAAAGGAUUCCAAGCGUAGCACAAACGGAGCAGGCGGGUUCAAGGAGGAAGAACAUUCCAUGGUUAAAGAAAUGAUUCCAAAGGAGGAACUAUCGAAGGAUGGAAGUAACAUCGAAAAGAGUAAAAAAGGGAAUGAGAAUGGGCCAACAGAUAAAAGUGCAAGUAAAAAUAUUGGGGGUGGGUUAAGAAACGGAAGUGGAAGCAGCAGUGAUGCAAAGGAUUUAGAGAAGGAGAAUUAUCUAACAACUGGGAGUGGCAGCAGUGAAAGUGGCGGAAGUGAAAGUGGCGGAAGUGAAAGUGGCAGCAGUGAACGUGGCGGAAGUGAACGUGGCGGAAGUGGCCUCAGUGAUGAGGAGAAGAACUCAGAUAUGAGCAUCCUAAAGAUUUUGUCGAUUGGAUCGUCGAUACUGAUGCAGUUAGUGCUAUUUCCAUCGAUCUUUAAAAUUAUAAAAAAAAAGACAACAGGAGAAAUGGACGGAUUGCCAUAUGUUGUGCUAUUAUUUUCGUCCUUUCUCUGGUUUGUAUACGGAAUGCUACUAAACAAUUCAGCAAUUGUAUGUCCAAAUUUAGUUGGCCUUAUGUUAGGCAUAUUUUACUCCCUUAUGUAUCACAAGUAUUGUAAGAAUAUGUGGUUAAAACAGAAAUUAUUUUCUUAUUAUAAAAUUUGUGGAUUUAUAUGUUUUCUUAUGUACGGGUCUUUAUACAUACUGACAUAUGAACAGUAUGAAAUUUUUAUUGGAUUUAUGGCCUUUAUCUCAAGUAUAGUUAACUUUGGUGCUCCAUUAUCCUACAUACAAAUAGUUAUUAAAAAAAGAAAUUCUUCAUUAAUUCCAUUAGAAAUUGCAACAGGAAGUUUAGCUUGUUCUUUCUUAUGGCUUACCUAUGGUUUUACGUUAAAGGAUGGAUUUAUUAUAAUUCCAAAUUUGUGUGGUUUUAUUUUAAGUCUUUUACAGAUAGUUUUAAUAUUAUUAUAUUCAAAUAAGGAAAUUAUUACAAAUUAUGAAGAUGAGGGAGAAGAAAUUGAUUUUUCCACUCAAGGUGCAAGUAUGAAAAGGAAUCAUCGACAUGCAUCAACAAAAAACAAUAAUAACUUCUUUAAUGAAUUUAACAUGGAUGAAGAAAACAGAAUCAGUUCUUUAGAAACUUCAACAACAAGACCCACCACCACUAACUGUGGAAGUAUUAUCAGCAAUAAUAAUAUUAACACAAGUGUAGUAAGUAAUAAUAAUUCUUCCUUUUUUGAUUUAUCAUAUGAUGAAACAUCUCCCCUCACAGGUACCAAAUUUGGCCUCACGUAUGAUAACACGGAUGGGUUAUCUCGUCAGAUCUACCUCAACCGAUCGGGAAGCACACAGCAGGACGCACCCUUGUCCUUUUAA